AAUAUAGUUCCUUGUGAACUCUAUACAGUAAGACCUUUCUUUAUCUGUUCUAUAUGUAAUAGUUUGCCUCUCCUACUCUAAAACUCCUAUUCCUUCCUCCCCUAGCUGCUAUUAGAAAUUUAUUUUCCUUCAAGUUGUACAAAAUUUAAAAUUAAAAUAUGUAUGACAUACAGUCUUACAUGAACUUAUUGUUUCCUUUUAGAGUAGUUACUCAGAAUAUUUUUCUUUAGAGUUUUUGAGUAUUACAUACUCAAAAGUAUUGGAUUUUUAGUAAUUUCAGUGUAGUUUACCUAGUUAUCCUAUUUGUAGCAAAUUUUUCCUGUUUGAAAACACUUUGGGUAAUACUUGUUAUAUGUUCUGUUUAUUUAUAUGAAUUAUAUGUUUCAGUAUAGCUUUAGAAAUAGAUUUUUUAAGACUUCUAAGUUUUGUUUACUAUUUUUUCCUUUAAUCAUGUAAAUGCAUUAAAUAGACAUUUGAAGUUAUUUGCAGAUACAGAUUUGUUUUUGAAAGUUUUUAAUUGCAGAAUUGGAUACUGUUCAAAUGACUUCAUUGGUUAACCCUGCUAGCUGUGUAUCUCUUCAUGAGAAGGAAUUUCAUCAGUAUAGUCUUUGAAGAAAAGAUGUCUUAUCUCUGGGUUGAAAAAAGUUGAUUAUGGUGGUGGUGCUGAAAUUGAUACACUAAGGAGUAGCUGUGUUGGAUUACCUUUGAGGUUAUUUUGAAAAUUUUGAGUUGUACAGCACUUGAUUCUUUUGCUGCCUUGUGGACAGAUCUUUGCAGCAAUGAUUACUUCAGAGUUACCAGUGUUACAAGAUUCAACUAAUGAGACUACUGCCCAUUCUGAUGCUGGCAGCGAACUUGAAGAAACAGAGGUCAAAGGAAAAAGAAAAAGAGGUCGACCUGGCCGGCCUCCAUCUACAAAUAAGAAACCUCGAAAAUCACCAGGAGAGAAGAGUAGAAUUGAAGCUGGGGUUAGAGGAACAGGCCGUGGAAGAGCUAAUGGGCACCCUCAACAAAAUGGUGAAGGGGAGCCUGUCACAUUAUUUGAAGUGGUGAAACUGGGGAAAAGUGCAAUGCAGUCUGUGGUCGAUGACUGGAUUGAAUCAUAUAAGCAAGACAGAGACAUUGCACUUCUGGACUUAAUCAACUUUUUUAUCCAGUGUUCAGGAUGUCGAGGUACUGUGAGAAUAGAGAUGUUUCGAAAUAUGCAGAAUGCAGAAAUCAUCAGAAAAAUGACUGAAGAAUUUGAUGAGGACAGUGGUGAUUAUCCCCUUACCAUGCCUGGACCUCAGUGGAAAAAAUUCCGUUCAAACUUUUGUGAAUUUAUUGGAGUCCUGAUUCGACAGUGUCAAUAUAGCAUAAUUUAUGAUGAGUAUAUGAUGGACACAGUAAUCUCACUUUUGACUGGUUUGUCAGACUCCCAGGUCAGAGCUUUUAGGCAUACAAGUACUCUUGCUGCCAUGAAGCUCAUGACUGCUCUGGUGAAUGUUGCCUUAAACCUCAGUAUUCAUCAGGAUAAUACACAGAGACAGUAUGAAGCUGAGAGAAAUAAAAUGAUUGGGAAGAGAGCCAAUGAAAGGUUGGAGUUACUACUUCAAAAACGUAAAGAGCUACAAGAAAAUCAGGAUGAAAUCGAAAAUAUGAUGAACUCUAUUUUUAAGGGUAUAUUUGUUCAUAGAUACCGUGAUGCUAUUGCUGAAAUUAGAGCCAUUUGUAUUGAAGAAAUUGGAGUAUGGAUGAAAAUGUAUAGUGAUGCCUUUUUGAAUGACAGUUACCUAAAAUAUGUUGGCUGGACUCUUCAUGACAGGCAAGGCGAAGUCAGACUGAAGUGUUUGAAAGCUCUACAAAGUCUGUAUACCAAUAGAGAAUUAUUCCCCAAAUUGGAGCUAUUCACUAACCGGUUCAAGGAUCGCAUUGUAUCAAUGACACUUGAUAAGGAAUAUGAUGUUGCUGUUGAAGCUAUUCGAUUGGUUACACUAAUACUUCAUGGAAGUGAAGAAGCUCUUUCCAAUGAAGACUGUGAAAAUGUUUACCAUUUGGUGUACUCAGCACAUCGCCCUGUUGCUGUGGCAGCUGGAGAAUUCCUUCACAAAAAAUUGUUUAGCAGACAUGACCCACAAGCAGAAGAAGCAUUAGCAAAGAGAAGGGGGAGAAACAGUCCGAAUGGGAACCUUAUUAGGAUGCUUGUCCUUUUCUUUCUUGAAAGUGAGUUACAUGAACAUGCCGCCUACUUGGUGGACAGUUUGUGGGAGAGCUCUCAAGAACUGUUGAAAGACUGGGAAUGUAUGACAGAAUUGCUAUUAGAAGAACCUGUUCAAGGAGAGGAAGCAAUGUCCGACCGUCAGGAGAGUGCUCUUAUAGAGCUAAUGGUUUGUACAAUUCGUCAAGCUGCUGAGGCACAUCCUCCAGUGGGAAGGGGUACCGGCAAGAGAGUGCUAACUGCCAAAGAAAGGAAAACUCAAAUUGAUGAUAGAAACAAAUUGACUGAGCAUUUUAUUAUCACACUGCCUAUGUUGCUGUCAAAGUAUUCUGCAGAUGCAGAGAAGGUAGCAAACUUGCUACAAAUCCCACAGUAUUUUGAUCUAGAAAUUUAUAGCACAGGUAGAAUGGAAAAGCAUCUAGAUGCUUUAUUAAAACAGAUUAAAUUUGUUGUGGAGAAACAUGUAGAAUCAGAUGUUCUGGAAGCCUGCAGUAAAACCUAUAGCAUCUUAUGCAGUGAAGAGUAUACCAUCCAGAACAGAGUUGACAUAGCUCGAAGCCAACUGAUUGAUGAAUUUGUAGAUCGAUUCAAUCAUUCUGUGGAAGAUCUAUUGCAAGAGGGAGAAGAAGCUGAUGAUGAUGAUAUUUACAAUGUUCUUUCUACAUUAAAGCGGUUAACCUCUUUUCACAACGCUCAUGAUCUCACAAAAUGGGAUCUAUUUGGUAAUUGCUACAGAUUAUUGAAGACUGGAAUUGAACAUGGAGCUAUGCCAGAACAGAUAGUCGUACAGGCACUGCAGUGUUCCCAUUACUCGAUUCUUUGGCAGUUGGUGAAAAUUACUGAUGGUUCUCCUUCCAAAGAGGAUUUGUUGGUAUUGAGGAAAACAGUGAAGUCCUUUCUGGCUGUUUGCCAGCAGUGCCUAUCUAAUGUUAAUACUCCAGUGAAGGAACAGGCUUUCAUGCUACUCUGUGAUCUUUUGAUGAUUUUUAGCCACCAAUUAAUGACAGGUGGCAGGGAGGGCCUUCAGCCUUUGGUGUUCAAUCCAGAUACUGGCCUUCAGUCUGAACUCCUCAGUUUUGUGAUGGAUCAUGUUUUCAUUGACCAAGAUGAGGAGAACCAGAGCAUGGAGGGUGAUGAAGAAGAUGAAGCUAAUAAAAUUGAGGCCUUACACAAGAGAAGGAAUCUACUUGCUGCCUUCAGCAAACUUAUCAUCUAUGAUAUUGUUGACAUGCAUGCAGCUGCAGACAUCUUUAAACAUUACAUGAAGUAUUACAACGACUAUGGUGACAUCAUUAAGGAAACAUUGAGUAAAACCAGGCAGAUUGAUAAAAUUCAGUGUGCCAAGACCCUCAUUCUCAGCUUACAGCAGUUGUUUAAUGAACUUGUUCAAGAGCAAGGGCCCAACCUAGAUAGGACAUCUGCCCAUGUCAGUGGUAUUAAAGAAUUGGCACGUCGCUUUGCCCUCACAUUCGGAUUAGACCAGAUCAAGACACGAGAAGCAGUUGCCACACUCCACAAAGAUGGCAUAGAAUUUGCCUUUAAAUACCAAAAUCAGAAAGGACAAGAAUACCCACCUCCUAAUCUGGCUUUCCUGGAAGUACUGAGUGAAUUUUCAUCUAAGCUUCUUCGGCAAGACAAAAAGACUGUUCACUCAUACCUAGAAAAAUUCCUUACGGAGCAAAUGAUGGAAAGGAGGGAGGACGUAUGGCUUCCACUCAUCUCCUAUAGAAAUUCUCUAGUCACUGGCGGUGAAGAUGAUAGAAUGUCCGUGAACAGUGGAAGUAGCAGCAGCAAAACCUCCUCAGUGAGGAAUAAGAAAGGACGACCUCCACUUCACAAAAAACGAGUAGAAGAUGAAAGCCUGGAUAAUACGUGGCUGAACAGGACUGACACCAUGAUUCAGACUCCCGGCCCCCUGCCCGCACCGCAGCUCACUUCCACCGUCCUGAGAGAGAACAGCCGGCCCGUGGGGGAACAGCUCCAGGAGCCUGAGUCUGAACACGGCCCCGAGCCCGACUUCCUACACAAUCCUCAGAUGCAGAUCUCUUGGUUAGGCCAGCCGAAAUUAGAAGACUUAAAUCGGAAGGACAGAACAGGGAUGAACUACAUGAAAGUGAGAACUGGAGUAAGGCAUGCCGUUCGGGGUCUCAUGGAGGAAGAUGCUGAGCCCAUCUUUGAAGAUGUGAUGAUGUCAUCCCGGAGCCAGUUAGAAGAUAUGAACGAAGAAUUUGAAGACACCAUGGUUAUUGACCUCCCCCCGUCAAGAAAUCGGCGAGAGAGAGCCGAGUUGAGGCCAGAUUUCUUUGAUUCUGCAGCUAUCAUAGAAGACGAUUCAGGAUUUGGAAUGCCUAUGUUCUGAAGUCUGAAGAAAAUUUACAAAUCUGGAACUCUAUUAUUUAGAGCUAGAGGCCUAUAUACUGUGAUAGCUUGUAUGGGGAAAAAAACACUUUUGAUGUGAUCUGAUUUGUUUUUUAAUCAAAUGAUUAAGGUCGAUCCCUUUUUGCAGUGACAGAAGAGGAGCAUGUAAAUUACCCAAGGGAAUGUUCGUGAAUGUCACCUCAGAAAGACUGACCUGAAAAAUCAUUUGUGUCCUAUUAUUGGACUUAUCCCAGUACAGAUGUGUGUGUUUUUCUGGAGGGAGGAAGAAAUUUUAAAUUUUUAAAACAGCUGUCAAGAUAAACACUGUAAUACACCUGUUUUAUGAAAACUCAGCAUUGAGUAAAAAAAAAUAUUUUUAACUUUAUUUUCCUGUUGUACAAUUUAAAAACCGUUUUAACAUUUUGCCUUUUUAUGUUUUAAAAGCUAACCAUUUUUAUUAAACCUAUGAGUAAGCAGCUCACCCUAAUUGCCGAAGAGUGUUUUUGGAGCUCACUGGAUUUGGUUGACCAUGUGGAAUACAGGAAUAUGGAGGAGCAGAAUAUUGACAAGCUAUGAUGAAAUUCUGACAGUGCAUCUCUGCCAAAAUCCACACACCCUCUGUGGACAUGGAUGUGAAUUCCCAGAUUUUAUAUACUCUUGAAUAAAAAGGUUUAUUUUUAUUUAUAAGGGGGCAUAAAAUAAGAAAUGUCCAUGCAGCCAUUUUUCCAACAGAUGCUGUACACCAUUCAUUUUAUAUAGAAUAGGGAGAUUCAAAUACAGUACAUUUUCUAUUGGUAUUUGUUCUGUGCAUUUUUAGCAACUUCUACCAGCAAAUAAAGUAUUCUCAGUAAAACAAAAAUGGUUCUCAAGUUAUCAGUUUGCUGUUUUUACCACUUAUUUCAUGCCCUGCCAAAUUCAAGUUACAUGGACUUCCAUUUUCUUAAAAAGAUAAUCAUGAACUCCUUUGCCAUUCAAACGUAAUUUUAAGUGUAACAUAACCAUGUCUACUUCCCAUGCACUUAAUACCCUUAUGCACUAAUUUUGUGAAUUAAGUUUACCAAUUAUAGAAGUAUGUGCUGCAUAGAAGUCUGUGCUUAGAGGGUGAAGUUCUUAAGCUUACCUUGAAAUACAGCUACAUUUCAGUGUUAAAUGUGCAUAUUAAGGAUAAUUCUUUGGGGGAAAGAAAUUACAAAUCUUCAGGACAGCCUUCGAUGGUAUAGAGUUACAUACUGCUUAGACUUUUAUGACUUGCUGCUACUAUUAUUUUUAAAAGCCCACUUAGUUUCUUCCUUUCUGAUUUUAAAAGUAAGCCUCAGAAUUUGCAAACCAAUCCACCACAGCUGUUUCCCGGCUGGUUUUUAAAGUAGCUGCAGCAGAAUGAUGAGGCUUUGCUUUCCCUUUUUACCAAAAAAAAAAAAAAAGCGUUUUUUAAAAAACAAAUCUGUGCAGCCAGUGACUAUGUGGGAAAACAAAAUGGGUUAUUUUAUUCAUCCUUUUAGUAAACAAACUUCUCAACAUUUGUACAGUUCUGAAAAUAAACUUGGUCACCAAAAAUGUUUUAUCUGCUAAUUUAGCAAUUCCUGGGCUCCAUUUAGGGGGGCUAGGGUAUUGCUUUCUUCCAGAAAUAUGGAUUUCACUGGAUGUGAAGGGGCAGGGAUGACUGGACUGUCCACCAUACCAGCCCUGCCCCUGUGGCUCUGGCUGGGGAGCAGGCUGGGAAGUGCCCUGGCACCUGCACAGAUUGGUCCUUUGCUGGACAGUUUCAUGUGGAAAAACCAAUGCCGACGUAGAAUCGUAGACAACCACAUGACAGAAAAGGCUUAGUAUCUACUCCAAUGGGUUUCCAGUUUAGUUUGAAGUCAAUCGAAUUUUUGUAUUUUCAGUGUCUCCUUGAUUGGUUUUGCUAGUAAUUCUGUAAAUUGUACAUUUGCAAUAUGAGGUUUUUUUCCUUUUGUACAAUUUGAAACUGAUGCUUCACCUUUCCUUUAAUAAACUAUUCAAAAUCAG